UUUACAUGAAAACCAAAACGUAGUAACUGCAGAGAAAUUUUCGUCACAAUAUUUAAAAAGAAGAGGCGUUGAUUUUUUAAUCAAACGUUCGAUUGAAUACAGCGGCAUCGUGCGCCAAAAUCGAAGAACAAGAUGAUAGCUCUACAAUCGAUUGAGGAUAUGUUGCUUCCUUUGUCAGACUCCUGCCGUUAAUAAUCAGUUACCCGUGUGUGCACUCGUCCGUCAAAUAUGGCGGAGGAUAUAAAACUAACAGAACAAGAUUAUGUGAGAUUCUCAGAUGGAAAAGGAAGUCCAGCAGUCCAUUUGAAACAAAGUACAUCUAGUAGAAAUACGGUUUCACCCCUAAGUAACACCAUGAAGGACCCUGAUCACUCCUUGGAACUAGACAGAAUACUUUUGCCAAACGAGAAUUCGAAAGGGGAGCGACUUUGUCACGGAGCCCUAAAGAUGCUGUCUCGUGGUAAAGGCGCCAGUAUUUUCGAUGCUGUUAACUUAAAGGAGGCAGACUUUGGAGCUGUAGACAAGGAAUUACUGACUGCCAAGGACAAAGAGGGUUUUACUUUGCUUCACCAUGCUUCACGAUGCAACAAAGUUGAUGAGGUUAUCUGGCUGUUGGAUAAGGGGGUCGAAAUCGACGCACUAGGAAAUUACGGGCUCACUGCUCUCAAUAUCGCCGUCAGAAAUAAUAGCACAGAGGUUGUAAAAAUCUUACUUCAAAAAGGCGCAGACCCUUCAAUACCUGACGAGGAAAACGAGACGCCACUCCUUUUCGCUGCUCGGCGAGGGUACAAUGAAAUAGCAGCCCUACUCCUGAAGGAUUCCAGGACUGAAGUAAACCGUCCUAACUCGGCAGAAUUUACGCCUUUCCAUGGGGCGAGUGGUGGUGGUGACCGUUCGCUUUGUGAAAUGCUCUUGAAACAUGGUGCUGAUUUAUUUGCAAAAACUGGUAACCUUUCGACUGCACUUCAUUUUGUGGCUUUCAACGCAAACACAGGUGUCUGUGAACUUCUCAUCUCCACAGCCAAGAAUAAAUGUCCGUCUUUGAAAGACUUUUUGGAUGCUAAAGAUGUCGAGGACAAUACAGCUUUGCACAUAUGUUGUCGAAAGGGAUGUUCUGGAGUCGCCGCAUUGUUGCUACGUUAUGGAGCGGAUUAUGAAGCAAUAACCGGAGUGAAUUUCAGCACUCCUCUCCAUCUCACUGCAAUGUAUGGCCACGAGGAAAUAACAAAGCUGUUAAUUUCUUGUGGCGCUGACAUUUUUCGCAAAGAUGGACAUUUGCAGACGCCCCUUCAUAGGGCUGCUAUAUUCAAUCAGGUGAAUAUAGUCAAAAUCUUGUUGGAUAAUAGAGCCGAUAAGGAGGAUAAAGAUAUGAUGGAUAUGACUCCAUUUCUGGGUGCUGUUGUUCAUGGAUCUAGAGAAACAGCAGAGCUGCUGCUCAAACAAGGAACAGACAUUAUGGCAGUCGAUUCCGAGCACAACAGUUGCCUUCAUUUAGGCGUGAAACACAAACGCGUAGAGAUUGUCAAAAUGCUGCUGGUCACUGAAGGAAUAGAAAAUCUGAUGAAGCUGAGGAAUAACGAGCUACAAACUUUCGUGCAUGUUGCGGCUUCUGUCAAGCAAAAAGAGAUUCUUGACAUCGUUCUUCGAGACGACUUUUGGUUGAGACAACGGGAUAAAAACGAAAGAAUACCACUUCAUGUUGCAGCAGAAAAUGGCUCACUGGAAUGUGUUGAAUCUCUACUGAGUUGUCAGGCGCUUUUUAUUUACGGAAACGACAGAGAUAAGGACGGAAGGAGUCCACUCCAUCUCGCGGCUUAUAACAAGCACUUAGAAACUUGCGCUGUUCUGAUGUCUAAAGGAAGUGACGUAACCGCACGUGACAACCAACAGAGCACUCCACUUCAUCUAGCCGUCGAGGUUGGCUCAUUGGAAACUGUGCGACUGUUGUUGACUCCGAUGCUGCCAAAUACACUUGAGGUUAAAGAUAAGGAUCAAAACACACCGCUUCAUGUAGCAGGAAUGCAUAAUCGUGUCGAAAUUUUAAAGUUUCUUAUGGACCAAGGAGCUGAUGUCGCUGCUCGAAAUAGUAAGAAUAUGACCUGUCUCGACGAGGCUAUCGAGUGGAAUUCAGUUGAAGUGGCAGAGACACUCGUCAGGCAUAAAAGAUGGAAGGAGGUUUUGUGCAAUACUCCUGUGGACCAAAUUAAACCCAUGGAGAAACUGAUAGAAAAGCUCCCGGGAAUAGCAGAAAUUGUUUUGGAUCAGUGCAUCAGCUACAGCGACCUGCCAACUAAUCAUCCUGAUUUCACGGUGUCUUUCAAUUUCCUUCCUUUGGAUCCGGCUGAUGAUACAUCAGGCCAUCAUUACUUUUUUGGUCCGGCUUGCAUGGCAAAGUAUCGUCGAGAGAGCCUAUUGGAUCAUUGUGUUACGCAGACACUUUUGAAUUGGAAAUGGCUUGUUCUAGGAAAGUAUGUUAACUAUUUUAACUUUGCAGUUUUCAUCAUAUUUCUUGUAGUUUUUUCCGUGUUCAUCGUGCAGCAAAGGGACAAAGUGAACUUUUCAAGUGGUAAUGCAAUUACCGAGGCUGGCGAGGAUUCGAAGAGCCUGCCAGGAGUUAUCUUUGCAUUCUUAGUUGUAUCCUUGUUAAAAGAAAUAUUUCAGAUAUUUUGGCAGCGGCUUGAAUACUUUAAGGAUUACAUAAAUUUUGUGGAUCUAAGCAUGUAUAUGAGCACUUUGAUCUUCAUUCUACCUUAUUUGGCCAACCAAGAGCUUUACGGAGAUGUUCGCGUACAGUGGACUUUUGGAACCUUAGCCUUAUUGCUAUGCUACACAAAUUGGUGCCUCUCUUUACGUCGAGUAACUUCCUUGUCGUUGUACAUAACCAUGUACAUCGAGGUGCUGCUGACAUUUGCGAAGGUAAUUCUCAUCUUUGCCGUCUUGCUCUUGGGAUUUACAUUGGUCUUCUUCGUUCUUUUAAAAGAAGAGGAUAACUUUUCAUCUGUUUGGUUUUCGAUGGUGAAAGUAUUUGUAAUGAUGUUGGGGGAAGUGGACUACACCGAUAUGCUUUCUGACAACGUGGUGAACAGCGCCAAAGUCCCGGGCACGAGCAUUCUGUACGUUCCUUUCCCGGAACUGUCGUAUGUCUUGUUCGUAGUGUUCGUCUUGUCGGUCUCUGUCGUCCUUAUGAAUCUCCUGGUUGGUCUGGCCGUUGGAGACAUUGACUCUAUUCAGAAGACAGCAACUCUGCGAAAUCUGAUAGAUCAAGCUUUGCUGGUGGAUAGUAUACGGAAGAGAUAUCCGACGUGGAUAUUACGGCUAACUUACAAAGAUUACCUUGAUUUCAAACUGAAUCAGAACACGACGAUUAAGAGAUUUGUAUUAUCUGGUACGGGUCUCUCAAAUGACGAUUUUCUGGAUAUCAUUAGCAAGAACGAUUCCAGCCAAAACGAAGCUGAAGCUGACUUGGAUGAGUACGAUCAGCACAUAAUAAAAAGGCAAGAAGAACAAAUAAAGACACUUCAAGCCACAGUAGACGCACAAAGCAAAUUACUCAUUGCCAUAGCUAAAAAACUGGGAAUAAAUGACUCUGAUAGCUGCAGCUUUUUUAACUUUUCAAGAGAUACUGCUAGACUGAGGUCUGGGGGCACUAAACGAAGCAACGCAUCUCUUAACAAAGUUGAUCCUUGGUUCGACAACGAUUCUAUGGAACUCAUAAGGUACAACCCGGGUGAAUUUGAUGGAUCUCGUAUCCAAACUCCUGAAAUUGAAGUAUAUAAGCCGGCCAUGAAUACCCUGAUAUACUUCGCAAACGAAAAUAUUGCUGCCAAAGUAAAUGUGAACGCAUUGAAUCAGGAAGGACUGGCCCCUAUUCAUCUUGCUGUUCGCAUCAAUGACGUUGGGACAGUAGCUUCUUUAUUGCAAGGCGGUGCAGAUAUCAAUCUUGCAGACAAAACUGGAUUGACGCCUCUCAUCACUGCAGCAAGGUUUAACAGGCCAGAGGUGGUUAGGCUUCUUCUUGAAAGAGGAGCUGAUCCUCUUAUAGGAACUGAGUCUUCGGUUUCACCACUUCACGAAGCUGCCAGAAGGGGCUUUAGGGAGAUUUGUAGUCAUCUGUUGAAUGAUUCUAGAAUAAAGGCUACUACUGUAAAUUAUGGAAGUUUUUCGCCUUUGCACAUGGCCUGCGUAGGCGGAGAUCGAGCCACAUGUGAGCUGAUCUUGAACCAUGGCGCCGACAUCACCUACACUUCGAGGAUAACUAAGAAUACGCCACUUCAUUUUGCGGCUUGGAAGGGAUACCAAUACAAUUGCGAACUUCUUAUCAAAGCAGCUUCCAGGACGCUGUCCUCUGUAAGCGACUAUAUUAAUAUAAGAAACAGGGAUGGGGAAACAGCCUUCCAUAUUGCGUGCAUGAGAGGAAAAGUGAAUGCAGCUGAACUUUUUCUACGUCACGGGGCAGACCCUGAUUCGUAUAGUUGGUUGGACAACACGUCACCACUUCAUCACGCAGCCAAAUGCGGCUUUGUAGAGUUGGUGGAACUUCUCAUCUUGUACGGAGCAGCCGUUGACUCAAGGGAUAGCAAUUUAAGCACACCAUUGCACAGCGCUGCUACAUUUAAUCACGUACGAAUAGUCGACCUACUUGUGGAGAAUGGAGCAGAUCUAGAGGCCAAAGACCAGUUAUCGAUGACUCCUUUUCUGUUAGCUGUGAGCCAUGGAGCAUGCCACACCGUGAAAGCUUUAUUGGACCGCGGAGCAGACAUUACUACAGUGGACUCUUCCUUGAAUAGCUGCCUUCAUUUGGCAGUAAUCUUCAAUAGGGCAGAAAUAGUGCAACAGUUAUUAAAAAGAGACGGAGACAAACUGAUAAAGUGUAAGGACAAGGACUUGAAGACGGUAUUUCAUUUGGCAGCUGUUCUGGAAGAUCCAAAGAUCCUGGAAAUUCUCGUUCAAGAGGCCCAGAAAAAGGAGGAACUUUUUAGCCUACGGGAUGCAGAUGAACGAAUGCCUAUUCACAAUGCCGCUGCAAAUGGAUCCUUAAAUUGCUUGCGCGUUCUCGCCGUUUGCCCUUUUCUGGUAAAUGAGAGAGACAAUGGAGGAAGUACGCCUCUUCAUUUAGCUGCCAGUAACAAGCAAACCGAGGCAUGUGAACUGUUAGUCCUAAAGGGAGCUGAAGUGACUUCCAUUGAUACACACGGCCGUACGGCUCUUCAUUUGGCUGUCAAGGCUGGUUCUUUGAAAACAGUCAAAAUUGUACUUAAUUACCUUUUGGUGAGCACACUGGAGGCGAGAGAUGAAGAUGGGAACACUCCUCUUCACUUAGCCUGCAGAUAUAAUCGCCUUGAUAUUCUUAACUUCUUUUUGGACAAAGGAGCUGAUGUCACAGCUUUAAAUAACAGAAAAAUGACUUGCCUUGAUACUGCUAUUGAGUGGGAAGCCAAAGAUGUUGCCACGACACUCAUGAGACACGAAAGGUGGCAAGAGGUGCUUCAGUGCUCACCAGUUGUUAGUGUUCAUCCGAUGGGAAAACUAAUCGAAAAACUUCCAGAUGUGGCAGAAGUUAUUCUCGAUAAAUGCAUCACCUACAGUCCACACCCUCCGUCUCACGAAGACUUUUCUGUCACAUUUAACGUGGUUCAGUUAGAUCCUGGGCCUGAUUGUCACAGUUACUUCGGUCCAGCUUCCAUGGCAAAACAUCGAAGAGAAAAAUUGCUCAAUCACAGUGUCACUCAAGCGUUGUUGAGAUGGAAGUGGCUAAUUUUGGGGAAGUUUGUCUCCUUGAUUAACGCUGUUGUAAUGGCCGCUUAUGUCAUCCUUCUCUCGUGUCUCUUUGUCAUAGAGAGGGACAAAAUCAAUUUUUUAUUCACCUCCUCUGAAAAAACAACUAGCGAAGGUGUCAAAAUCAAAUCGUCGUUUGAGUUGACAGUUCCUUAUGUUAUACUAGCAUUUUUGAUCGUGCAGCUCAUCAAGGAAGUUAUUCAAAUGAUUUGGCAGCGGUUCUCCUACUUCAGGGAUAUCACAAACUUGUUAGAGUUGGUAAUGUACGUAUUGGUGUGGAUUUUCAUACUUCCUCACAUGACUGAGAGAAAUAUAUACAACACAAAGACUCAAUGGAUAGCUGGUAUACUUGGGCUUCUCCUGAGCUACAUAAAUUUUACAUUAUCUCUUCGUCGCUUUGGUGGACUUGGUUUGUAUGUCACAAUGUACGUGGAGGUUCUGCGCACAUUUCUGAGAGUGAUGUCCACUUUCAUGAUUGCCCUAACUGGAUUCACCUUGGUAUUUUAUGCCUUGCUAAAAGAACAGGGUAAUUUCUCAACUUUCUGGUACGCUUUUGCAAAGAUCUACGUCACAUUGGCUGGUGAAUUAGACUACUCAAAUAUGUUGGUUGACAACAUUGUGAACAACAACACAGUGCCUGGAACAAAUAUUCCAUAUGUUCCUCUGCCAAUACUCACUACCUGCCUGUUCUUAGCAUUCGUAUUGUUGGGUAGUGUUGUGCUCGUCAACUUGCUGGUUGGUUUGGCGGUUGGAGAUAUCGAGUCUAUUCAGAGGACAGCAAGUUUACGAGCUUUGAUAGACCAAGUGCUAUUAGUUGACGACAUCAUGAAAUCCUAUCCAAGUUUCAUUCUUCGAAAGAUCUACAGGAGCUCGUUGAAAAUAAAACCAAACGAAAACAGUUUCAUGAAGUGGGUCACUCUAUCUGCUACUGAUAUAACAGGAAGUGAUUUUGUGGACAUGCUGCUAAACGGCGCAUCUAGUGGGAUCUCUAGUGAUGGCUGCCAACAGCUACAGUUGCGAGAGGAAAGGCAAGAGGAAAUGAUGCAAAAACUUCAGGCCACUGUGGAAGCACAAGGAAAAUUUCUUAAGGCAAUGGCUGACAGAUUGAAAAUCACAGACUAUGAAUAAAAGGCUAGUUGAUCACAAAAAAUUUAAAUAUGAUAAAAUGAAGUAAUCGCUCUGAUAAAGGAUCGACUCAACGUCGUCAGUACUUGAUUUUAAAUGUACGCAGUUUGUUCGACAAGUUUAUUUAGUUUCAAAGACGUUCAAGCAAUUUCAACACAUUAUUGUUAUUUUAAAAGCGACCAUAUGACAAAAGAAAUUAGUCCAACACCAUCUUCUUUGGUAUUUUGAAUGUUCCAUUUUUAUUUCUGUUAUCACUGUGCAUUUUGUAGAGAGUGUAGAAAAAUAAAGAAUGCUGAAACUGCUAGGGUUGCUUGCUUAGUUAGUAAUCAGUUUUUUUUUUUGCUUUUAUUUCUCUUUGAAUGUUGUCAUAUCGAGAGUGUACUAUGAGAAUUCAGCGCGUACUUAUAAACACCAUCUCGUGAUAUCGAGUCCUCAUGUAGACAUAAUGUACUACAAUUGACAUUACAGUUCGUAAAAUAUUUUGACCACUAACAAGAUAUAUAUUGUUCUUAAAAUGUCAACUGACAGAAAAUGCCUUGGCCAUAACUGGGAAAAUUCCGAACUAAUUUUCUCUCAAAACCCUGAGAGCACUGCCAUGACUGUUUAGUCUUCGUCUCGUUCAAGAUGUGAGAUCGUUUUACCGGCGUUGCAGAGCAAGACGUCAACAAGCCAUAUCAGAAAACGUUGAAAAGUCAGUUGUAUUAUUGUGAGGUCGGUAAGGUAUUCGCAAACCUUUUGCAAUAUGGAAUAUCGAGAGAUAGAUAAAUGAAUGAGUUAAUGAUUAAAUGAGUGACUAAGUAGAAUAAACUAGUACACACUAGUAUUACUAGGAGGAAUACUUCAGUCUAUUGAGAAUAA